AUGGCAUAUCAAACGUCAGUCGACUCCAAUUCGGCAAUUCCAAUUCUCAUCAUACGAACAGAGAGGCAACAGAUCAUACGAUUAUACGAACACAGAACAUUCAGACUUUCAGCAGAUCAUCAACUAUUUGACUGCAGCAGAUUUGUUUCAGAGACGAACACUAACAACAGUUAUUUGAUUGAUAAUUGUUUGAACUUUGAAGUGAUGACGAAACCAAAAUCCAAAAAACAAGCUUUAAUUGAGAACUUUUUCAAAAGAAAAUUCGAAGAAAUUAAUGAUAAUGAGUCAAGUCCGAAUGUUGGUAAUGAUAUCCAAGCAAAUGAUGACGUUGAUGGCGAUGCAAGUCCGAAUGUUGAUAAUGAGAAUAUCCAAGCAAAUGAUGACGUUGAUGCAAGUCCGAAUGUUGAUAAUGAUAAUCCUACAACUUCAAUUCCAACAACACGAGGUAUUAUUGAUUUGAAUGAUCUUCCUUCGGAUCCACAUGAUAGGCCACCUAUUACUAGUUAUCACCCAAAUCAAAUAGAUGACAUAAGAAGGUCAUAUCUUGUUAAAGGGGCUUUUCAACCUCGUAGUCAUAAGUUUCCCGUUAAAGACUGUUAUGGAAAAAAAAGACGUUUUGUUGUUAGUUGGUUUAAUGAUUGUAGUUGGUUAGAGUAUAGCAUCAAAGCAGACAAAAUAUAUUGUUUAUAUUGUUACUUGUUUAAAGAAGAUGUUGAUAAUCAAGGCGGAAGAGAUACAUGGUCUUCUAGUUCUAAAGGCUUUUGUGAUUGGAGUAAAAAGGGGUCAUUAAAGGAACAUGUUGGGAAUGUUGAUAGUCAUCAUUUAAAGGCGGCACAAAAAUGUCAUAAUCUCAUGAAUCAAAAGAAACAUAUGGAUGAGAAUAUGAAGAAGUUGACUAAAGAAGAAAUGAUUGCAAACUAUUAUCGAUUACUUGGUUCCGUUAUGAGUGCUAGAUUUUGUUUAGAAAACUCUUUACCCUUUCGUGGCCAUGAUGAGUCGGAAGAAUCUAAUUCUCAAGGUAUGUUUCUUUCGGUGUUAAACUUGAUUAGUACUAACCACCCGGAAAUUGGAAAGUACACAUUAGGGAACGCAAAAAAGAACAAUAAACUAACAUCGCCAAAGAUUCAAAAGGAGAUUAUUGAAUGCUUUUCAAAGGAAGUAACAAAAAGCAUUUGUGCAGAAUUUAAAGAUGAUGUGUUUGGGUUGUUGGUAGAUGAAUCUAGUGAUGUUUCUUUAAAGGAGCAAAUGGCUGUAGUUGUUAGAUUUGUUGAUAAACUUGGGGCUGUUAGAGAGAGUUUAAUCGGAAUUGUUCAUGUGAGAGGGCAAUGUUAUGAUGGUGCAAGCAACAUGCGGGGAGAAUUUAAUGGGUUAAAAGCGUUGAUUUUGAAAGAUAACCCAUCAGCACAUUACAUCCAUUGUUUUGCUCAUCAACUUCAGUUGGUUAUUGUGGCUGUUGCAAAAAAACAUAGCGGUGUCAAAACUUUCUAUGAGUUCCUUUCCAUGGUUGUCACUACGGUUUCAGCUUCUUGCAAACGAAAAGAUAUGUUAAGGGAGGAAAAAAAGGCUAGAGUGGAAAAAGAAUUACUUGAAGGUGAAAUUAAAACGGGUAAAGGAUUAAACCAAGAGGUUUCCCUAGCACGACCCGGUGAUACGCGAUGGGGUUCACAUCAUAGAACCAUCAUCCUUAGAUUGUUUCCGGAAGUUGUGACCGUACUCCAAUAUGUUAAAGAAGAUGGAGAUUGCAGUCAACAACGAACAAAUGCAAAAGGUAUUCUAUCGUAUUUUAAAAAACUCGAGUUUGUUUUUUAUAUGCAUUUGAUGGGAGAUAUAUUAAGUUACACAAAUGCUCUUUCAAAACACCUUCAACAAAAAGGUAAAGAUUAUUAG